GAGGGCGUGGUCUACGCCGUGGAGUUCUCGCACCGCUCGGGCCGGGACCUGCUCAACGUGGCCAAGAAGAGAACGAACGUGGUGCCGGUGAUCGAGGAAGCGCGGGCACCCCACAAAUACCGCAUGCUGAUUGGCAUGGUGGACGUGAUCUUCGCGGACGUGGCGCAGCCGGACCAGACGCGAAUCGUGGCGCUGAACGCGCAUCACUUCCUGCGCUGCGGGGGGCACUUCCUCAUCUCCAUCAAGGCCAACUGCAUCGACUCGACGGCGCCGGCCGAGGCCGUGUUCGCGGGCGAGGUGAGGAAGAUGACGGCCGAGAGGAUGAAGCCGCAGGAGCAGCUGACCCUGGAGCCCUACGAGAGGGACCACGCCGUGGUGGUCGGCGUCUACCGGCCCCCCCCAAAGGAGAAAUGACGUCAUCGCUCCUCCGGCCCGCCAGGGGGCGCCAGCAGCGGGGGCGUGGCCUAACCCGGAAGUCAGAGAAGCUGCUCAGAAGUGGGCGUGGCCUGUGGCGGGAGUGGGCGUGGCCUAACCCGGAAGUGGGGGCGGGGUUUGGGGUGGGGG